GAUAUAAAAGUAAAAUAAAAAAAAAAAAGGCUCAAUAAUCAGACGACAAAUUGAAACGUGUCAGUGAUUAAAACGUAAAGCGAUAAUUAUUAGAUUGAUAUUGUCGAGUGAUAGCAGGUGUGAAUAAUAUAUAAUAUAUAUAUUUAAAGAAAGAGAAGAGAAUAAAGGUGAAGCAAGAUGCCGACGAGUUUGUUCAACGACAUAGACCGCAGCGUCAGCGCCGGAGGUAACUCUCUGGAGGAACAGCGUGCCCUUCAACUAGCCUUUGAGCUCUCGAUGCUGAGUCUCGCGGAGGGCACCCAAGGCUGCACGGGCAAUGGCAACGCUGGCCCAGGGAACGGAAACAACUCCGACUCAACGGACCUACAGGCGACGCCGUCCAGCGUCUUUGAGGAGGCCAGGUCCAAGAAGAGCCAGAACAUGACUGAAUGUGUUCCCGUACCCAGCAGCGAGCACGUGGCUGAGAUCGUUGGCCGUCAAGGCUGUAAGAUAAAAGCUCUCCGUGCAAAGACCAACACGUACAUAAAGACACCAGUCCGAGGCGAGGAGCCAGUGUUCGUGGUGACAGGCCGUAAGGAGGACGUAGCCCGUGCCAAACGCGAGAUACUCUCAGCAGCGGAGCACUUUUCACAGAUCCGCGCCUCGCGCAAGAGCUCCUUGGGGGCUUUAUUGGGAGCACCACCAGGUCCACCGACUUCAGUCCCAGGGCACGUGACAAUCCAGGUACGCGUGCCAUACAGAGUUGUUGGUUUGGUAGUGGGCCCCAAGGGGGCGACGAUCAAGAGGAUCCAGCACCAGACUCACACCUACAUCGUGACACCGAGCCGUGACAAGGAGCCCGUCUUCGAGGUGACCGGCCUGCCAGAGAACGUCGAGGCGGCCAGACGAGAAAUAGAGGCUCACAUCGCCUUACGCACCGGCUCAACCAACGGCCCCGGGGGUCUCGCCGGCGACGAAGUUGACUUGCUCGGCGCUCUCUGUCGUGGAGGACUCGGCUCAAUUCUGGGCAGCCUGGACCCUCCCGGGUCAAACGGCUCCAACGGAUCCACCAGUGGCGCUUUCUCCAGCAGCGGAAGCUGCAGCAGUUCCUCCAGCAGCUCCGGGGCUCCGGGCCUGAACGACCUGGUGGCCAUCUGGGGUGCGGGCAUCGACCGCGACGAAGGACUUGGAGACUCUCCCUCAUUCGAGUCCCAGACCGCGUCAGCUUCCUCGAUCUGGUCCUUUCCAGGAGUGACUUUGCCAUCUCGGCCGUCGCCUCCGGCCUCUGCCAGUCCCGCCAGCCCCACAGACUCACUUCUUGGAACCGGGAGCGCCGGUGGCCGUCGCGAGUGUGUAGUUUGCGGCGACAAAGAGGUUACUGCUGCUCUGGUGCCAUGCGGACACAAUUUGUUCUGCUUGGACUGCGGGAACCGCGUCUGCGAGAGCUCCGACCCCAGCUGUCCUGUUUGCUCGCGACCUGUUCUUCAGGCUCUAAGAAUUCUCUCUUAAGAGCAUCUAAUGAUAACACAACAUCACUAUCAUCAUCAUCAUCAUCAUUAUUACUGACGACCACCUCGAUGAUUAUUAUUAAAAAAGAGUAAUACUAUAAAGAACAAGAUGAAAAGAAGAUCAACAAAUUAUUUGAUUGUAACCAAGGUAUCACUGACUAACGAGAAGGAAACUACCAGGAACUUCGAGGGACCCUUGAGUCUGGAAAGACGCGCACAAGAUUUAAAUUCCACUGCUGCUGCCAAUAUUUAUUAACAAGACAAAGAUUUUAAACACAUUUAAUUAAUAACUAACUAACCUUUAAAUUUAAUUAAAUUUAAACAAGACAAAGGAUUUUAUGAGUAACAUUUAAAAAAAAUAAUAAUAAUAAUAUAAAUUAAAAAAAGAAAAAAAUAUUUAAUAAAAUAAAACCGGGAAUUUUGAUGCGUUCAACGAUCGGUCAUUCCCGCGCCAACCGGAUACAACGAAUCGAUUAAAUAUGCUGUAGGUGUAGACUCUCCAAGCGACUCGCGGCGCGUCUCCUAUCGCCUGCUUUCUCAAAACUUUUAUCUCACGUGAUAAUAACAAUUAUUAUUAUUAUUAUUAUCAUCGUCAAAAAUUUAAAAUAAAAUAACUAACAAUUUAAA